UUAGUAUUAGUUCUGCAAUCCAAAUAAUUGCGACGAAUGGCAAUGAAAGUGGUUCUUUUCAAUCUUCUCUUGGUAGCAUUAUGUUACCUUGAAGAAGCUUCAGGUCAUGGCAUGAUGCUUGAACCUAGUAACCGAGCUUCCUUGUGGAGAUUCGACUGGAAACAACCCUCAAAUUACAACGACAUGGGAUAUUUCUGUGGGGGUGUCAAGGUCCAGUACGAGCAAAACGGAGGCAAAUGCGGCGUCUGCGGCGACAACUACGCCGAUCCAGUCCCCAGGAGUAACGAAAACACCGGCAAAUUUGGAAACGGAGUAAUUUCGAAAACCUACACAGCGGGAAGCAUUAUCACAGCUAACGUUACGCUCACUGCGAACCAUCUUGGCAGCUUUAGCUACAGUUUGUGCGUCUUGAAGGAUCCCACGAAACCUGAAACUGAAGAUUGUUUCGUCGAUUUGCCUCUUGCUGAUGGUUCCUCGAAAUAUCCAGUUAGUGCUGACGAAUACGAAAUCGUAAACCAAGUACAACUGCCAGCGGGAGUCACCUGUGAUAGGUGUGUCUUGAGGUGGCAUUACAAGAGUGGAAACUCUUGGGGAAUUUGCACUGAUGGUACCCAAAGGAUGGGCUGUGGGGCCCAAGAAACGUUCCGGUCGUGUGCUGAUAUUGCUAUCGUAGCUUGAAAUUCUAUGCCAAAUGUUGUAAAAAUAAUAAAAAACCUCAAUAAAAAUGAUUAACAUUGUAA